AUGUAUCCCAGGGAAGCUGAAAUCGCUGGUUUUCACCCCACUGAAAUUGGUUUCAAUCUGCAGAUGUCCUCUUCCACAUAUGACUCCUCUAACCUUUUCCCUAACUUCCCUUCGUCUUCUUACCCUAUCCUUCCUUUUCUCAUUGAUCCUGAAAAUGAUUUUGCAAGCCACACCCUUCUUGAUGACCACCCUCUUGUUGUUCCCGCCGGCCUCAGACAUGAUCCUCCAUUACUCCCUGAAGAAACCGUUGCCAAUUUUGCAGUUGUAGCUGACUGCACUGCCGCCAUGCUUGAACACGAUGCAGCAAACACUAACUAUGGUUCCCACUAUGGUAGCAGCGUUUCCAAUUUUCUCACCCAGAAACCUGCUGCAGCCACAGCCAAAAAAGACAGGCACAGUAAGAUUCACACAUCUCAGGGUUUGAGGGACCGGAGGGUGAGAUUAUCAAGCGAAAUAGCCCGCAAGUUCUUUGAUCUUCAGGACAUGUUAGAGUUUGACAAACCAAGUAACACCUUCGAUUGGCUCUUCACAAAGUCUGAGAAUGCAAUCAAAGAACUAGCCCGAAGUAAGCAUACCGGCAGUGUUAGUCGGGGUGACAUUAAGUAUUCCCGCUACCCGUCUGUGGAUUCAAACAACAACAACAAAUCAUUGGUGGAUGGUGGUGAUGCUUCCCGAGGGAGGAAGUUGAAAUGGGCACAGAGGGAUGAUGUUUGUGUUCAGAACAAAAAAGAGUCAAGGGAAAGGGCAAGGGCAAGGGCAAGAGAAAGGACUUGUUACAAGAUGUGUAGCUGUAGUAGAAGGGUGCAGCAGAAGGACUCUGAUGAAAGGUUCCCUGCAACUACAAACACUCAAAUGCUACACCAAUUGAGGUCUUCCAUUCAGCCUGAACUUGAAGAUCAACCUCGUGCAAGAUGGGUUCAGCCUUAUUAUAAUAACCCUUAUUUCAUUGAUAAUGAAGCACCAAGAAAUGGCUUUAACGUCAUCGAAGAAUCUAUUAUGAUAAAAAGGAACAUGAAGCCUUCAUCUCACCAAAACCUUGUGAUCCCUAGGGAUGCAAGUUUCAACAACAAUGAGUUCCCCCUAUUACCCUAUUCCAGUACUACUCCAAACUGGGAUAGUACUAAUGGGGCCGUUAACUUUGGUGGAAUAAGCACGAUGAAUCUAUCUACAUGUUUCAUGAACCCGUGGUUUAUUGUACAAGAUAUGGAAACAUGCAUGGAUCAGCAGGUUACUGAUGUUCUGACUGGAGCAUGA